AUGGAGUCCAGCAAACGGAAGCCUAACUGGACCGAAGACGAAACGUUAAGCUUAGUUCGUUUGGUGGACGAAAGGAAAGACAUAAUAAGAGGUAAAUUUGGAGCAGGCGUGACAAGCAAGAAGAAGAAGGAAGCAUGGUUGGCAGUCACCGAAGAAAUAAACGCCGCAUUCCCUUCCGUGCUACGAACAUCGGAAGACUGUGAGAAACGGUGGUAUAACGUCCAAUGUAGAUCACGAAAAGAAAUUUCUACGCAAAAGACACACAUGCAAGGUACAGGAGGCGGUCCCGUGAUGAACCCGAGUGGUAUUGCUGAAGCGGUUUACGAUGUUUUGGGGCAUUCCAAUGUUUCCAUAAGUGGGGUUGACGGUGGCCUUGAUUCGUCAUUGAUUCAGGUCAUUGAUUUAGGCACAAGGUACAAUAGCAAUAACAAUAAUAAUGAACUUGUUUAUUUCUUUAUUUCACUAAAUACAUUAUUUUUAGAGAAUAGCAAUACACUAACCACAUCAUCCCAAAUCAGUACAGCGGUCUCAGAGUCUAACCAUACCCCCGCCCCCGCCCCCUCCAAAUAUAAUAAAACCUUUGAACCAAAAUUAAAUACAUUUUUACGUUUAUAAUGAAAUAAAUUUUAAAAAGUGAAGAAUAGAAACAUAUUAUAAAUUAUCACGAAAACAAUGAUUCUCUUUAAAUGUAUGAAUGGGUACAGUUUGCCAGGCGUUAGAAAAAUCUGCAUAUAAGCUAAACAAUUCAAUGUUUCAUUUUACUGUAUGGCGGUCACCUGUCUAUGACAGCCAUGUCGAGGUUCCCCAAAGUAUUUUACUAUGUGUUUUAACUUUGUAUGUCAACCACCUGCUCAACGCGGCUAUCGGUCACAAUUUUCGAACUAAAAGGCGAAAAUGAACCUGUUGUCGCGGCCAUAAAAAUGCAUUGUAAAGAAAUGGAUGCAGCAGUUACCGUGAUAAAUGUUGAAUUGAAAGCCGGUUCUCAGCCGGAAUAUCAGCGAUCAUGUUCACUUUAAAAAAAAAAAACCCACCAACAUAACAACAUGAGCGGUGCUAUAGGAUUGCAAUAUGUAGCAACCGUUAUGUAUUUAUUUGAUUGGCUGUUUAUUAAGCAGUAGUGAUCUGUUGUGUCAGGUCACGUCAUGUCAAAGGUCAUAACUGUAAACACAAUAGGAUGAAUACAUUGCAGUAUCAUUUAGUCUCAUGUCGGCCACUUUUGUGGUUGCUUCUUUGAUAUAGAAAUUAACAUUUUAGAUGUUGUUGGGGGUUGUUCGGUGUUCAAUAAAUUCUUCCAGGUUAGCUUUGAUAAGAAAACAAAUCCUUUAAUCUUGUAACAAGUGCUGAAGACGGGUAAGCAUUAAAAGCAGUUGUUGAGAGUCUUGUUACCGAAAACAACGUGUCAGCUCUUGGGGUUAUUAUUAUUAAAUGCUGUUGCUGUUUAUUUCUGACAUUUGUUUCUAAAAAUGGCACCUAAAAUUCGUAAGCCGAUCGCGUUAACGCUAGUACAGAGGGUAAGCGUAAAUUUGGAUGUACACUGUAUUUGUUUAGUUUUUAUUAAAGAGUUCUAGCAUAACAAUAAAAUUGUAAAUUUUUGUUGACAUUUAUUCGGACCUGGAUAUGACGUCCAAUUUUG